ACGAUCCACCUCAGCCGGGGGCUGUCGUGGGGGCGGUCAUUCCCACACUGUUUUUCAUCUUUAUCUUCGUUAUAUUUCUAGGCCUUUCAUAAUCUGCCGGAGUGGCUUCUGCAUUGAUUAAAAGCAUGCAAUCAUUUCAAGGCAUUUGGUGUGUCUAUUUGUUAUUUUUUAACCCUUUUCAACAGUUAUCGGGAAAGAAAAUCCAGCAGCUAUGGUGAUCAUUUAAGCUCGAACACAUGGACAGAGAAAUAAGGAGGAAUGUUGGGUUUGUUAUAGAGAGAAUUUUGUCGAAGUCAAGUGGCAAGAUUAAGACAGGAUACUGAAACCUACUGGAAUGAGAAUCGCAAUUAGAAAGUCUGCUUAGGGGCAUAGCAAAGGUUUUUUGCUUUAUGACCCUAGAAUGGAUUAUGCACAUAUAGCCAGGAGAACAAGGUCAGCUCAGAAAGCAAUUUGGCAACAGUGUUACAAAAGUGAACCCGUGAAACAAGUAGAUGUUAUCGAGGUUCAUGACAAUGAAAGCGAUAGUGAGAAGCCCGUAAUGUCUGAAGUUGACUUUAAGACAGCUCAGAAAAUAUGUCAACAGAGUUACAAAACUGUGCUUGUGAAACAAGAAGCAGACUUUAAGGAUUUUCAUGACAUUGAAAACAAUAUUGUGAAACCUGUAACGCCCGAAGUUAAGGAACGAAGAAAACCAGGUAGGCCUAGGAAAUGUGAAAAAGAUAGGGCUACGAAUUGUGAAGGAGACCUGCAGUCAAGUGUUUCAGAAAGUGGGAUUGAGCACAUUAACAAAAAGUCCCGAGAUUGGCUAAAGGAUCAAAAAGGAGACGUUAUUGAGUUUCCUGACAUUGAAAGUGACAGUGCAAAGCCUGUAAUGCCUGCAGAUAAGGAAAUCAAGAUAGAGAGAUCUGUUAGUCCUAUAAGAAAAAGAAAACGGGGUAGGCCUAGUAAAAUUGAAAGAGAUAAGGCUAGGAAUUGUGAAAUUGACCCACAGUUGAAGAUUCCAGAAAGUGGAAUGAAGCACAUGAACAAAAAGUCUCAAGAUUGCCUGAAAAAUCAUAAUAAUUCAAACCAUAUUGCAUGUGAUAUUGAGAAAUUGGUAAAGGUAGAGGUGAAGAAGCAGAUAACAAAGUUAUUUUGUGAAAAUGCAAAGACCGGCGUGCUUUUUCAGAAAUCCAGAAUGGAAAAAUUUACAACUAGUGAAGCUAGAAGGAGAAGAAGGCCUCUUCAAAUUUCAGACUCAGAAGAUGAAGAGUUGGAGACCGAUCCAUUCUUAAAUACACAGAAAAAUACAUCAGAUAUUGAAAGCUUAGAAGAGUUAGUCACUAAAAAAUGCAUUGCAAAUAUUGGCGAGAAUCAACACAACUAUGGUUGCAACUCUUACAUGAAGUUGGAAAAGGUUGCCAAAGAAAAAAAGGGAAGCAAUGUCAAAGAAUAUUUGAAAAAUCAGAAAAAUAGCAGAGUGUCAGCACCAGUUUUUGAGGAGAAUGACCUGCUAUUUCAAGACCUCGCGUUGGAUACUGAAGAACAAUUAGAAUCACCUUCAAAACAUGGUGAUUUAGAUGAGAUGUGGAAGGCAAUGGACUCGGCCUUAAAAAAAAAGGAUGGCAUCGAAAUGGAAGAAAGCAAGAGCCCCAAGAUUGAAAAUUGUAUGAAAGGUCAAGGUACAGAGGAGAAGUUAUCGGAGUCAAGUCUAGGAGUUGCAAAGUUGAGAAAGGCUAGUAAGAAUUCAUGUGUUUCUACAGAAAUUAAAGAGUCCAUAAAUGGGAAAGGUGACAUAAAUGGUGAUACAAGGCAAAAGAAACGUAGCAAAGGUUGGAAACCUGUUGUUGCCGAGGAAACCAAAUCACCUUUCAUGUGUCUCUUGUUGGAUAUUAAGAUAGAAGCAAACAUACCUCUGGCAUUUGAAAAUAUCUUUCAAAACCAGAAGAAAUCACAGGAAGACAGAGAUUUGGAGGAAAUGUGGAAGGACAUGGAGCUGGCCUUAAAUGGGAAAACACUUAAUUCAGGCAGCAAGAUGAACUGUGAAAACGCCGAGGACUUUCCUGAAGCCAAAUUGGACUUACAUGACAUGUACUGCACGGGAGACCAUAUGUUUGUUUUAGAUGAAGAGAUCGGAAUUAUUUGCAAAAUUUGCAAAUUUGUAAAACAAGAAAUAGAAAGCAUUUUACCGUCAAUGAUUCUUAACACUGGAAGAAAUCAAAGCAGAAAGGAUUAUGUUCAUGGAGUGGACUUGUCAUGUUCCCCAGACUUGUUCAUUGAAGACCAUGGUAUAAACACUUUCCCUGAACCUUGUCCUCCAGAGAAUUCUGUGUGGAAUCUUAUUCCAAGCUUAAAAGAAAACAUGUAUGCUCACCAACAAGAUGCAUUUGAAUUUUUGUGGAGAAAUAUUGGAGGAGGUAUGAUUCCAGAAAACAUGAAACUUCCUACAUCAGAUGAGGUGGGAGGUUGUGUUAUUUCUCAUGCUCCAGGCACAGGCAAAACAUUUCUCAUUAUAAGUUUUCUAAAGACCUACCUUGAACUGUUUCCCAGAAGCAGGCCUUUGAUCAUUGCUCCUAAAAACAUGCUUUUCCCUUGGGAAAGAGAGUUCAAGAAAUGGAGUAUUGACAUACCAGUUUUUUUGCUAAACAGAUCAAAGACAUUUUGGAAUGAAAUUCAUUCAAACUGUGAAUAUGAAGAGAUUAUAGAACUGGCUAAGAGCAACCAGAUCAGGGGGAAAAAAUUAUUAAACUACAGGCGUUUGGCAAUGCUACGUGAGUGGCAUAGAAGAAAAAGUGUGCUUGUUAUUAGCUACAAUCUUUUUGUAUGCCUAACUUGUGAGAAAAAUGUUAACCUACCUGAAGAGGCUAAGCUUAUUGGAAAACUGCUUUUAGAGAGCCCAGGCCUGCUUGUUUUUGAUGAAGGUCAUCAAGCUCGAAAUAGCAGAUCAAAUAUAUGGAAUUCAUUGAAAAAGUUUAAUUCAAAACUACGCAUUAUACUCUCAGGAACACUUUUCCAGAAUAACUUCAGAGAGCUUUUCAACACUUUGUAUCUGGUAAGGCCAGAUUUUGUCAAUUGCUGCUUGGGUAAAAACUUGAAGCUAUCUUCAACACCUGGUCAAGUGAUGGCUAACAGCAGGAUGUACAAGCUGAGGAAGUUCUUCAUGGAUGAAAUUGGGAAUAAAAUUCAGAAUGGAAAAGAGAGUGGAAAAGAAGAAUUUGAUGAAACUCUUGCAAAAUUCAGGUUAAUGACAGAUGAUUUUGUUCAUUGUUAUGAUGGGAAGAUUCUUAGCAGCCUUCCUGGAUUAAAGGAUUUCACUGUGAUUUUGAGAGCAUCUUCUACACAGCAGACUGUCUUAGAUCAAAUAAAUGAAGCAAACAAUCGUGACAGAGCCAGCAAUUUUGAAUUUGAAACUAUGGUGUCGUGCGUGUCCAUCCAUCCAUCACUCUGUAGGGAUUUUGGUAUCAAGAGGCUCUGUUCUGGUAUUGAUAUUUCUAGAAUGGAAGCCAUAAGAAAAGAUCCUUGUGAAGGAGUAAAAACCAAAUUUGUUUUUGACCUCGUUAACUUAUCCCAAGUGAUGAAAGAAAAGGUGUUGCUGUUCAGUCAGAACAUCCCACCUUUAGCUUUUCUAGUUGAGAUUUUUGUGGCUCAUUUUUCGUGGAUUAAAGGAAAGGAAAUUUUUCAGCUGGAUGGAAGUGUUCCUUUGGACGAACGGCAAUCAAUUAUCGAUCAAUUCAAUGACCCAAAAGGGGAAGCUCGCAUUUUGUGUGCAUCUAUUAAGACAUGUUCUGAGGGCAUUACUUUGACUGGGGCUUCGAGAGUAGUUUUCCUUGAUAUAGCUUGGAACCCAGCCAUAAUUAAACAAGCUCUUAGUCGAGCAUUCAGGCUGGGGCAAAAGAAGCAAGUGUACAUAUAUCGUCUCAUCACAUCAGGGACAAUGGAGGAAGAGAAGUAUCAAAGGACAGUCUGGAAAGACUGCUUAUCAACAUUAGUUUUUGUUUCUCCAGAUAAGGGAGAAGAUGUAGAAAUUAAUGGUACCACGCAGACCAUACACUGUGAAGACAAAAUCCUCAAUAAACUUCUGGAAUUAGACAAGGAAGCAAAAACUUUUCAUAGUAUUUUUGAACACCGUGAUCUGAAAGGAAAGAGAGACCCUAGGUUAGAGUGCUACCAGGGGUCCCAUAACUUAAAAGAUAAAUUCUUUAGUUAUGUUGGUUAAUGAUUGACCAUAUUGCCACAAGAAAACAAGGAUUAUAUGAUGAUAUGAUAUGCCCUUGUCUUAUACACUCAAGUAUAUGAGACAUGUUCAGGUUUUGUUCCACAACAUGAAUAGUCAAUUUGUAAUACUCUGAAUAUUCUCGAAUCCGACACCAAAGUGUAUUAUAGAUCUUCAAGAUGAAAAUUUGAAAUUUAAGGGUAGUUUCUUUACCUUGAAA